GUCUCUUUAAGGGAGAGAUGAGUCUCUCUGUGUUAUGUUUGUACCUGAGAGGGGGGUGAAAAGCUCACGGAUACCAGUCCCCAAAAGACUGUCUAAAAGAUUUCAAAAUAUCGCUCAUUCACAAUGGAAAACUUAGGAGCUGCUCACAGUGGUGCGGCAGACAGCAUAACCUUGAUGAGGGCAGGACUGGCCAUGGUAGUGGUAGGCCAUGUGAACUUCCUGCUGGGUGCGCUAGUGCACGGCAGCGUGCUCCGACACAUCAGCCUACGCUGGCAGAGCCAAGCUGCGGUGUACACUUGCGCCCACGUCGCCGCCCUGGUGGCUGGCCUCAUGGGAAUCAUUGUCGGAGUAUCAACCCUUAUCAUAUCCAGACGGAAGAGCAAGAAACUAAUGUGCUUCCUGCUGUGGGGCAGCCUGCUGGGUGGCCUCCUGGCUGCCGCCUCGGUCGCAGGCCUGGCUGUGACCCUGGGGAGGGCCAUUGCUGCCGGGCCUCACAGUCUUCUGGCCCACUGCAAGGUCCAGGAUGCCUCUGGCAACCCUGUCAUUGCCAACGAGUGUCCCUUCCAACCCACCCGCAUCUACGGAACAACCAUUGUCCUCUGGGUUCCUCUCAUUGUGUUAUGCAUGGUGGAAUCCUCCAUCUUGGGGAGGAAUGUUGUGGUUUGCGUCUCCUUCCUGUACUUCCCUGUCCCCCGCCGGGCCAGUAGGAGGACCAUAAUUGCCACCCAGGUGAGAGUGGUGAGCCGAGAGGAACUGACAUGGGCUUUGUGGGCGGAGCCUAGCAAACAGUGGGAGGAGCCUCUUCUGGCAGGGUCUUCAGAAAUGGAGGCAGGAACUCCAGAACAGCCCAAGCUGCGAAGUCAGUUUGACAGAAGCAGCCUUUGGAUCUGACAUCUGUAGUAUAUGUUAGAUAACUUGUCACUAAGAGAUACAGAGGAAAAGUUUUUUCAAUAUUAAAAAUUAAAAGCAUUAAAAAAUGCUUAUUUGACCAGAAGAGGAGGUUGGCAAGGUCACACCCCCACAUAUGUGAUGUCAUCCUAAAGCACUAACUUCCUCUUUAUGAACAACAAGACUUGAAAAAGUGGAAUUUCCCAUAUGAGAAUAAGCAAAAAAACAUAAUGUCCUCUACAGAGGACAAAAAUAAACUGCUGGAUCUCAGAUGGAUGUAUAUCUGGAAUUUGUUAAAAGGUAUAAUAUCAAUGCAGCAGGAAUUAUGUUAUGUGGCUACAUGAAUAUUGCAAACCUUAUGUUUUGAGCAUCAAUUUAUUCAGACUGUAUGUGUCUAGCAGAGCUUAUGGUGUAAUAAACUGCUGGAUCUCA